AUGCAUAUAACAGCAGAGCAAGCAGCGUGUUCAAUAUAUGGUCUUGAAGUAUCCCCUGACAAUUGCACAUUAGCAAUGAAAUUAUUAAGGUCUGCUAGUCUUGAACCAGUUACGAUCGUGAGUGGCGAUCCAGCCUUUGCUAUUGCUAUGUCAACAAAAAGAAUAAAUAUGGAGCCUUGGAAGUUUAAACGUUUGGUGUCCACCCAUCAAACUUUAGAAAAUACUGAAACAUCCCACAACAACCCUCAAGCUUCAACUGUUGCUACUGAUGAUUUUGAAGAAUCCAGUGACAGCAGUAGUAAUAUUAGCCAAAGUAGUGCUUCGAUUGCACCAUCGCGAUCUAGCGUAAUAGAUUUAUGCAAGCACAUCAUGCCUCUGAAUCCUGUUCCUACUCUGACACAACAACUAUUUUUAACGGAAGACGAAAUCUUCAUGAUGAUAAAAUCAUAUCUGCCUGACGGUGACCUAAAGGCUGCUGAUUUAGUUCAAUGGAUGGCAAAAGAUGGUGCCUGGGGGCCCACCAAACGCAAGCAAAUCAACAAACAACGGAAGAGUGGCCGUUGGUAUAAUGUCAUCAAAGAACCAUUCCGAGAUUUCACUUGGAAGCACAUUACUAAUGUGCAACAGUUUCGUUCAACUGUAAAAGCAACCGCGUCAACUAUUUGUACCAUUGGUUAUGCAAGAAAAAGUAAUACGAAGGAACCAAUGGCUGC